GCACCAGUGUGAAAAUGCUUUAGGCAGAAGUGAGCAACAGAUUCACAACUCCAAAAAGUGUAAAUAUUGUUUUUUGGAAAAAGGGCAAUGGAUGUCUCCGGCACUUUGCUUUUGCUGGGUUUAGUGAUAGUGCUGUUUAUAUUGCUCAGAUGGAGGAAUAAGCCACAUAAUCUACCUCCAGGACCUACAGCUUUGCCAAUAAUUGGAAAUAUUUGGACGAUGGACAACCGGGCACCAUUUAAAACCUUUCUAAAUUGGAGAAAGAGAUACGGUCCUGUGAUGACAGUGUAUUUGGGAUCCCAGAGAGUCCUUGUCCUGGUGGGCUAUGACACAGUGAAAGAAGCCCUUGUCGACAACGCAGAUGAUUUUGUUGGCAGAGCCCCUGUUCCUUUCAUGCAGAGAGUGCUGAAGGGCUAUGGCAUUGCUAUCAGUAACGGAGAGCGUUGGCGUCAGCUCAGGAGAUUUGCACUCACUACGCUGAGAGAUUUUGGGAUGGGACGAAAGAGAAUGGAGGGGUGGAUACAGGAAGAGAGCAAACACUUGCUGGACACCAUUAAAGAAACAAAUUCUGCUCAAUUUGACCCCACAUUCUUCCUGAGCAGAGCUGUAUCCAACAUCAUCUGUGCAUUGGUAUUUGGCCAACGCUUUAGUUAUGAAGACGGCCACUUCUUGCAUCUGCUCCAGGUCAUCAACGGAGUACUGCGGUUUGGCAGCAGUACAUGGGGACAGUUGUAUAAUGUGUUUCCAUGGCUUGUUGAGCUACUUCCUGGUAAGCAUCUCAAAGUUCUGAACGAUGUGGAGGAACUCAAGGCCUUUUCUAGGAUUAAAGUACAAGAGCACAAGGGCAGUAUGGACCCUGACAACCCACGAGACUUCAUUGACUGCUUCCUUAUUCGACUUAGCCAGGAAAAGGACAGUCCAAAUACAGAGUUUCACUAUGAAAAUUUGAUAGCCAGUGUAUUAAACUUAUUCCUGGCUGGGACUGAGACCACCAGCACUACAAUCAGAUAUGCUCUGAUGUUACUUAUCAAGCAUCCUGAAAUUCAGGAUCGCAUGCAGAAAGAGAUUGACACUGUCAUUGGACAAGAGAGAAGCCCUUCCAUGGAAGACAGAAAGUCCCUCCCAUUUACUGAUGCAGUGAUCCAUGAAGUGCAACGCUAUAUAGACCUUGUGCCACUCAAUGUUCCCCAUUACGCCACACAUCGCAUUACGUUCAGAGGCUACACAAUUCCGAAGGGCACAGUAAUCUUACCCUUGCUUCACUCUGUUUUGAGGGAUGAAGAACACUGGGAGAAGCCCUGGACAUUUGACCCAAAACACUUUUUGGACAGAAAUGGCAACUUUAAAAAGAACUCUGCUUUCAUGCCUUUUUCUGCAGGAAAGAGGUCCUGUGUGGGUGAGUCUCUGGCACGAAUGGAGCUGUUUCUUUUCCUGGUGUCUAUGCUCCAACAUUUCACCUUUACCACAACUGGGGGACCUGAGAGCAUUGACUCAACUCCUGAAAUCAGUGGCUUUGCCAACCUCCCACGCAAAUACCAGCUUAUCGCCUCCCCACGCUGAACUACAGCAUUACGGCAGGCUGGCAGACAUAGAAAGAGACAAAAUCAAUAAUGUGAAUAAUGUUAACAGUAUAUAAAAAUACACUUAAACAAAAAUACAUUUAAAACGACCUAAAACUAUGCACAAUUGGAAUUUUUGUUGAAUCACUUUAAAAAAAAAUAGAAAAAAAAUUUAGAUGGCCUUGAUGAAAUUCUCAUAAAAACAGAUUUAUGAUUACCUUUACUAAAAAUGUUCAUCCUGAGUGUUAGUCAUUUCAUUGACAUUUCAUUUAACAUUUGAGACAAAUUACAUCCAAAGAAUUAAAGAGGCAUCUGUGUAGGUAGUCAUCAGGGGAGGAUAUAUUGCAGCAUUAUUAACAUUUGAGCAUUAUGUCACAAAAUGUCAGAUUGGAUUAUAGAACAUCAGACCAUAUCUUUACAAUACAAACCCUGAUUGACAAAAAUAUCAGCCAAAACAAAUGUGUUUGCUCGCUUGCCCCUGAUUUAAUUUGGCACAAGGGUCUACAUAUAUGGCAGUGAAGUUUUGGUGCCCUUUCUAAUCAUGGAUUUGAAAAAUAAGACAAAAAUCCAAAUGAAGCUCUGCAUGUAGGGUUUUGUAAAAGAAAAAAUAAGCAGAGUGUAGAGGAGCACUUGUCCUGAGGCUCUCUAACUGCAAUUCCAAAAAGGUUGUGAUACUAUGAAAAAUGUCAAUAUUAGCAGAAUAUUAGCAAUGAUUUGCAAAUUGCAUAACCAUAUUUUAUUUACAAUGCAACAAUGAAAACACAUUAAAUGUUUGAGCUGAGAAAAUUUACAGUUUUAAUGGGAAAAAAAGGUAGUUCUGAAUUUGAUGGCUGUUACAUGUUUUUAAAAAGUUUUUAAAAAGGCUGUGUUUACCACUGUAUAACAGCCCCACUUUUUUUAACAGUCUGUAUGUGUCUGGGAACUAAGGAGAUCAGUUGCUGGUGUUUUGGAGAGUAAUGUACUAUUUGUGUCUGAUACAGGAUUCUAGAUGAUCAACAGUCCUAGGUCUUCAUUGUCAUAUUUUUCAUUUCAUGAUGUGCCAAAUAUUUAACUGGUGAAAGGCGUGGACCUCAGGCAAGUUAAGUACCCAGACUCUUCUACUACAAAGCCAUACUAUUGUAAUAGAAUCGUAUUGUGUUCCUAAAAAUAUGCAAAGCCUUCCCUUAAUUCAGUUUUUUAUUAUUACAAUUUACAAUUAUUAUUUCUACUUUGUACUUUGCUUUGGUAAUACAUUAUACAUUUUCUUCUAAUAAAUCUAAAUUGAAUUUUAA